GCGUUUGCAACUUGCAGUGGAACGCUACGUGGUUCUGUGGCGAUUGCCCCGUGCGCCUGUGGGGCGCCCGGCCGAGCCAUGUCAAGGCCGCCCUUGAGAGGGGCGGGCCCGACCUCUUCCGCAGGGCCGCGCCCGCGAGGGACAGGAAGUCAACUCUCCCCGCGCCGGCGGACGCCCCGCAGUUGCGCCCGCAGGACAGUCAGCCUCCACCGCCCAAUGACGAUCAGCGACCAGACCCGCUGGGUAUCUGGGCCCGCGACCCUGCGCCAUUGGACACUGCCCUGCAGGAGGCGCGGGCCGCGGGCGCUUCUGCCCGCCAGCCUCGCAGCGACACCGUUGCCGGAAUCGCAGUUCAGCCUGCCGGCGGCCCCGCGGCGCAG